AUGGCAACCCAUCCCGCCGUCGUCACAGUCGGGCCAGGCCUUCCCCUCGAGAUCCUCCAAGUCCCAACACCAACGCCGACAGGCAACGAGAUCCGCGUACGAGCACUCUGGACGGCAAGCACCCCCCUCGACCUCCACCAAGCAGAUGGCGGCCUCCUGGUCCAACAUCCCCAACUGCUAGGCGACAGCGUUGCGGGUCGAGUAGUCGAAGUGGGGCCUCACGCGACAAAGUACAAUCCAGGAGAUCUUGUAUUUGGCUUCACCUGGCGCAGUCAGCGCGAGAAAGCGCACCAAGAGUACGUCGUCGCCCCCGAAUUCUUAUUCGGCAAGCUGCCAAGCAAUGGAAUCACCAUGCAGCAAGCCGUGACGCUGCCCAACAACUUUGUCACAGUAUGGCAUACCUUAACCAAGGAGUUUGGGUUCGACCUCCCCUGGCCGAGACCUGAGGGAUACGUGCCCUUGGCCCAAGCACGCGACGCAGACGCAUGGAUCUUGAUCUGGGGCGGAAGUUCCAGCGUCGGACAGUUCGCGCUCCAAAUCCUCAAGUACUACGGGUAUACGCGCGUCAUCACCACUGCUAGCAAGGCGCACCAUGAGAAAUUACGGCGAUACGGCGCGGCAAAGUGUUUCGACUACCGAGACCCAAACGCCGAGGAGAACAUCAUCUCCUCUAUGGGGUCGGAGCCCACAACCGCAACUGAUGCCACCACCACAGACAAUAGCGAUGAUACCGCGAACAUAUACAUCCUCGACUGCAUCGGCAGCCUCGAAGGCAGUGUCCUCCCCAUUUCGCGGAUCGUGUCACGCAUCGUGAGGACGACCCCGCGGUGCGCCAGAGUCAAAGUCGCGAUCCUCCUCCCCAUCAUCGUCGUGGAACCCAGCCCCGGUGUUAGGCCGAUCUACGAGAUGGAUGUGCUCAACGUGGCCGACUGGCCUGUGGGCGUCGAGGCGACGGGGGUGAGGACGCAUUUCUACCUAGACAAUGCAUUUCUCAGGAACAAGCUGCAGAGCGAGAUCAUGCCGGCGGUGCUGGAAGGGGGCAUUGUAGAGCCGAAUGAGCAGGUGAUCGUCGAGGGUGCCACGAUGCUCGAGAGGGCGGAGAAGGCCUUGGGGAUGUUGAGAGAGAAAAAGGUCAGUGGGAAGAGAGUGGUGUGGAGGGUUGCGGACAGUGAUAGAGAUGAGGCGUGA